AUGAGUUUUCUUCGCUUUAAUAACCGUAUUCGAGCUUCUACAUUUAGAAUACCAGUGCAAAAUUUCAUAUCCACUGGCGGAGUCAAACAAUUGCGAUGCUAUACGCCUGUUAGGCCAAGAGAUCCACGGCCUCCGAGACGGAGAGUCGUAAGACAGUAUCCGAACAGGGCUCAGGAAGGUUUAGAUGCGGGUGAGAUGCAAACCAGCCAGAGCAACCAUAUAAAUCAGUCAGAAUAUGAUCAACUUCAGGUAGAACAGAAAAAUAGCUUGCAAUAUUCAAGCAAUUUCACUGGCUAUUCUCCCCAAGGGUAUGCCCAGUGGGAUACCCCUGUUAGCAAUCCUGGUGGGGUCCUUCAACCUUCGGAUGCUGUGGUAUCGUUACUGUCAUAUCCCACUUUGGUUAUGGAACGUAAAAUAGAAAUGAUGAAUGUUUUUCUUGGAUUUGAACAAGCGAACAGAUACGCAAUUCUCGACCAGAAUGGUGUCCAUUUAGGAUAUAUGGAAGAAGAAGACUUUGGCAUUACGAAGGCAAUUAUGAGACAGAUAUAUCGACUCCAUAGACCAUUCAGCGUGAGAGUAUUAGAUAGGCAUGAAAACCAUAUUAUGACAAUUCGACGUCCAUUCUCAUUCAUUAACUCACAUAUAAAAGCAAUUCUUCCGAGUCCUGAUGGGGAUCCCGCUAAUCAGGUUGUUAUUGGCGAAACCAAACAACAGUGGCAUUUAUUUCGUAGGAAGUAUAAUCUGUUUUUGCAGUCUGCAGAGGAGAAGGAUGUCUAUGAUCAAUUUGGCAAGGUAGAUGCCCCUUUCUUGGCUUUUAGUUUCCCAGUAGUUGAUCGGGAAGGUGCAAUUCUAGGUGUUGUCGACCGUAAUUGGGUCGGCCUUGGCAGAGAACUAUUUACUGACACCGGUGUUUAUGUACUGCGAAUGGAUCCCUCGUCUUUUGAUGAGAUCCGUGAUAUCUACCCCAAUCUAGGCGGUCCACUGACGCUCGAUCAAAGAGCAGUUAUGCUUGGUACAGCUGUGAGCAUAGACUUUGAUUACUUUUCCCGUCAUUCUAAUAGAGGGUAUGUAUUAUUUCGACUUCUUUCGAUGACAAAUGUACUAACUUUUUAG